UUGAGGGGGAAAUAGACGUGGAUGCAUCUGAUGUGCUGUUGUUAGGUUUCCUGGCUGAACUGAUUUGCAGAGUUAUGUUUCCUGCUGCAGCUCUGGGAAUAAACUUAAGCUGAGACCGAGAAAACAGAAGGUUGUGUGUUGUGUUUAUGUAUGAGCGAGGGUGAGCGUGGUGAGAUGAUUGCGGGCGAUGAAGAGGGCGGAUUACGCAUCCGCCCCCCAUCCAGUCUAAAUGUGAAGAAGGUCUACAGCGAGAGCGCAGAAGAACUCCAGUCCCCAGAGGCUCUGAGGAGCAGCGCUAUGUCACCUGACCUGAGGCAGGACUUCAACAUGAUGGAGCAGAGAAAGAGAGUCACACAGAUUCUGCAUAGUCCAGACUUUAAGGAGGAGUUGGAGUGUAUGGUAAAGGAGCAGUGCUCUAAAGGCAGUAACUCUGGUGGUUUACUUGGUCACAUCGCACACCUCAUCAUCAGCAACACUCUCAGCAACACUGGAGUGUACAGUCCCAGCAGUGCAGGGUCAAUCAGUCCGGUAAAUGAUCUGUGUGGGAUGGAGUGGUUUAAUUGUUCUAAAGCUGAGAGACAGGGCCGCUGUAAACUCGCCUGCUUGUAUCGUCUUCUGGACCUGUACGGACACACCCACUUCCCAAAUACAUAUAUAACUUUGCGCAUCAACAAAGAGCAAGAUCAUAUUCUUAUUCUUCCUAGAGGACUGUCAUUCUCUGAGGCCACAGCAGCUAGUCUGGUGAAGGUGAAUCUGAUUGGUGAGGUGGUUGAUCAAGGAGCGACUGCACUACCUGUGGAUGUUUUGGGAUUCAAACCACAUUCUGCAGUGUAUUCUGCCCGACCAGAUGCCAAAUGUGUUAUACAUACAUACACACCAACUACAGCUGCAGUCUCUUCUAUGAAAUGUGGCAUCUUACCCAUUUCCCAUGCAGCUUUGCUGCUGGGAGAGGUGUCUUAUUUUAGCUACCAUGGUGAUUUAGCUGACGAGCAGGAGAGGAUGGAACUUCAGAAAGCUCUGGGUCCCACUGCCAAGGUUUUGGUCCUGAGGAAUCAAGGUUUUCUGGCAUUUGGAGAGACGACAGAGGAAGCUUUUCACUAUCUGUAUCACACCCACCAAGCCUGUGAGAUACAGGUAAGCGCUCUGCUAUGUGCGGGUGGCGUUGAUAACCUUUGCGUGUUAGAAAGAGCAAGUCUGAAAACAGCUCCUAUGAAAAAUCCCAGUGGACAAAUGCCAGACGGACAGAUCAGAUGGAGGGUUGGAGAGGCAGAAUUUGAGUCGCUUAUGAGGAUGUUAGAUAACUUAGGUUAUAGAACCGGUUACACUUACCGCCAUCCCAUUGUUAAAGAGAAACCUCGACAUCAUAACGAUGUGGAGAUCCCAGCAACCGUCACAGGGGUGGCACUAGAGGAAAAGGAUGUCUUUCCACAGAGUCCAUUGCACAUCCUGGCACAGAAGCGGGACAGAGAGAGGAUACGAUGGCUAAACUCUCCGAACAGCUACUUAAAGGUCAAUGUACCUGAGGAGUCCAUCAACGGGACCUGCAGCCCCCGGUCCAAAACUACGUGGAUGAAGUCAGAAGAUUCAGGCAGCUGCAAGGACACUCCAAUUAGGAUUGAGGACCCCAACCAGUUUGUCCCACUUAAUACUAACCCCAGUGAAGUACUGGAAAAAAGAAAUAAAAUUCGAGAGCAGAAUAGAGUAGAUCUGAUGACAUCUGGACCGAAGUCUCAGCUGCUGGCAGACAUCGUUAUAGACAAGCCUUCUGGACCAGCAUUCAUUUAUGAGGAUGAGGAACAGGCAGCUGUUCUACCACCCAACCCUUUCAACCAAUCAGAGGCAGAGCUACAGGAAUACACACAAACUGUGGAGAAUAAGAGCAGCCAAUCAGCUCUUCAGUCAGAGGCCGAUGAGGAGUUCACGGACGGAGAAAUGACCACAUAUGACGGCUCCACAGUGUCCCUGUCGAUCUCACCUCUCAUGAGCCCUGAAAGAGGAGACUGUCUCUCAGCUCUACUGCAGAGCAGUGACGGCGAUGACCUGACGCAGGAUGAUGACCUCACUCUACAGGUCACGGAGCUCAGCAUCACUAAAGAGAUGGAGGUCUCCAUAACUACCACUGUCGCCAACAACAUUUCAGUCACCAGCUCUUCUGAUAGUCAGCCAAAGUCACCUAAAAAGAAGAAAAAGAAAUUUCGUACUCCUUCUUUCCUGCGAAUGACGAAAAAGAAAGAAAGAAGAGAAAAGGAGAAAGGAAAAGACAAAGAGAAGGAGAAAGAAAAGGAGCAAGAAAAGGAGAUAGAGGAAGAAAAGGAAUGCAAAAAGGACUGAGUGAACAAGUCUGUUAGACACAUGCUGUACAGGGGCUAGUGGGUAAUGUAGUUUCAGAAGGGUCCAAUGAUAAAUGUGAUGACUAGCAGGGAUAUGGAUAUGGAUAUUAGCGUUAAAGCAAUGACUUUUAUGUAUUGUUAUUAAACAGAAUAUUUCAGAAUACUUUUCUUACAGCCAUAAGCCAUAUUAAAAACUAGAGCAAAAAGUCUAAAUAGCCUAAGAAUAUCCACCUACACUUUUAUAAACUGUACAUAAGAGCACACGUAUACACAAAAUAGAAAUUCUAGUUCUGAUCCGCAACUCUAAACGCUGAAUUUGAGAAGUAUCAGAAACAUUUUGAUGGCUCUGCAUUUUGUUUGUAGAUGAAUUGAUGUUUUGUGCUGAUAUAUCCAGGUGACAGUGAAUUGUAUGAAAGACUGCAUCUGGAUUCCUGCACAUUAGGAAUAUUAAAGAAAUGGGAAGCUGGCCAUUCAGUGUGAUAUGAAGCUUUUUUGAUUUGCUGGUUUUAUAAAUGGAGAUGUGGUUGAUAACAUUGUUAUUCUGCUUCUAGUUUUAUUGACUGAUUAUAUAC